AGAGCCGCCAUUUUCUAAGCGUCUCUCCUUAAAACGAGGAAAAGGCUCUCGAUUAGUCGGCGUCUGGAUUACCCCCACUGGUUGAUAAUUAGACGUUCUGGUGUAGGACUACGGUAAAAUUAGCAACAUUUGAAGCGAUUUGGAGUUGAACGGACCAUUUCCUGGCCUUGCCUUAACGUUCGGUAAAGCGGCGAGGCGAGCUAACUAAGCGCGCUAGCUGGCAAGCACGGUUUAGUUCGCUGAUUCGCCCAUUGCCCGAUUCCGGAACGAAUCCAAGCAGCUCUGUGAACUGGGUCGUUUGGUAGUCUGGUUGCAUUUUGUGGCCGAUAAAUGGCGGAAUAGUCGAACUAAGACGCGUUUUUGUGGUGGGACUUUUAUUAUUUUUUUCACAAAAACUGCGGGGGAUUGUUACCGAAAUUCCCUCGGAUAGUGCAACCUCGUCACGUGGCUGUCCUCUGGCGGGGCAGUAAGCGGGUGGUGUGGAGCAGGCCGCGGUGCCCGUCCCUCUGCACUGCAUGGCUGCGAUGGCGCCCGCUCUCACCGACGCCCCAGCCGAAGCUCACCACAUCCGCUUCAAACUGGCUGCCCCGUCUUCCAGUCUCUCACCGGGCAGUGCAGAGAACAACGGUAACGCCAGCAACAUCCUCAUCCAUAGCAGUGGCCCCGCUAAGCGCAAGGCUGUCUCUGAAGAGUGUUCUCUUGACUUUUGUGGUCGUGACCAGGAGCAGCAGACCCAGCAACAGCCACAAUCUGACUCAACGUCCCAGGCCUCAGCCCUGGGCAAGCACCAGCAACUGGUGGCUUCAUACCUAUGCUCUGAUGUGACACCUGUCCCUUCAACUAAGGAGUCGCUCAAACUGCAAGGAGUCCUCAUCAAACAGUCUGUGUUGAAAAGCCACGGAAUCUUGCCUAGCUCCCUGCUCAACGGAGGUGGAGAUUUUCUGCUGAGGAAGAGGCAAGCAAUAGAACUCUCCGGCGGCCAGCUCAAAAGCCUCAUGAGUGGCAGCACCAACGGUGGUGGCCAGCCCAUGGCACCUGUUAAUGGUCUGGCCAAGAAGCUAUCCACCAUGUCCAGCCCUGGCUGUGUGGUGGCAGUUAAUGGCGGCAAACCCUCCUCUCCCACCACUGAUCAGCAGACCCAGAGUAUGCCCUUGGACUCAGAGAUCUUAAUGGGUACUUUAUCAGGGCACGUCCCAAUGAAGGGAACUCUUAAACAAAACCAUUCCUCAGGGGUAUCUCGAAAUGCAGAUGAAAACAAAAUUGAAUCCCCCCUAGUCCAAUCUGCUGCACCUUCCCCAUUUGCCCCUGGCAACACCAAUGAACAGGUGAACUUAAAGGAGGCUAACUUACAUGCACACACCAAUCAGCCACGGGAGUCUGAUGGGGAGAGACCAGGUAGCAGCCAGCAGGGCUCCCCAGCCUGCUCUCCUGCACCACAGCCUCCGCCUCCCUGCUCUUCUUCCUUGGACAGCCUUGAUGCCCAGGUGAGGGAGCGCACUUUGCUCAACAGCAGUCGCCAAGGCGAGAUUGAAAACCGCCUGCGUCGUCUGUGUAAGCGUCUCCAGGUAGUACAGGCCAAGCAAGUGGAGCGCCACAUCCAACAGCAGCUGGGUGGUUUCUUGGACUUGGCUCUUAGUCGACUGCAGGCAGGCAACCGCAAGCCUGAGACUGCUACUCCAACAGCUACAUGGAGGACUGGGCGCCACUCUUCUUUGGGUAGCAGGGACAGCCUUGGUCGCUUCCUGAAAAGUGGCUCCAUGCCCUCAGAGCUGGAGAGAUUGUACCUCAGUGGGACCGCCAACCUGCAUUCGGUAGAAAAUGCCUUCGACUCAGAUGUGACAGAAAGUAGCUCUGGGGGAGAUUCUGACCUGGAGGAAGAAGAGCUUGCUAGAGUGGACAUUGAGCAGCGACAUGUAAAAAUAUGGAAGCGGGCAGAGAGCCGCUACACAGUGGAGAGAGCUGCCAUCAUUAGCCACUGGAAUUGGCUCCAGGCCCACAUUUCAGACUUGGAGUACCGCAUCCGGCAGCAGACGGACAUUUACAGGCAGAUCCGCGCCAGCAAGGGUGCGGUCGAGUUGGGAGGCAAUGCUGCCAUUGCAAUGUCUACUGGCGGAGCAGAAGUAAAGACAGAGCCUGUAAGUACUCAGGAUGGUAGUUCAGAGCGAGUGGAGCACACUGUCACCACCCACGUCACCGCCACAGAGCCUGGCCCCUGGAGAGGCCAAAAUGGACGGCCAGUUAAUGGUGUCCUCAACAGAGUGGCAGAGAGUACAGACACCAAGCACCAACAGCCAGUGGCCUAUGACAGCACAUGUGUGGCUGCUCGCACACGACCCCUUGUCAGCUGUCGACGACGGCGGCUCAUUCAGCCUAACACUGUGCCUAACCUUAAUGGCAAGGCGCAGAGAAACAGUUGUAUCCAGAGUAACUGCAGACUGAACCCCAACUGUGUGAUGUGUGGUGGCCGGCCCACCCCUCGGGAGGACCCCCAGUAUGAACUCCCAACCCUGGAGCGUCUGUCCAGACUGGAUCCUGGUGUCCACCCUAUCCUCUCUUUCCCCGAUGAUGUUUGUGUAGGCCUGCGUCUCCAGCAGGUGAUGAAGAGCCAGUGGCAGACCAAGUCACUGGAGAGGAGUAAGCCACUGAAAAAACUCUCUCUCAAACACAAGCUCUCCUCCUCCAAAGAGAAGCACAAGUUCACCAACUCUCUCAUGGCAGUCAGGCUGGGCCAUUAUAAGAGUCGUUCUGACAAGCCAAGGACAGUGGAAAGCAGUGUUGGUGGUAGCAGUGCUGUUCUGGGCACAGCCAGGCUGGAGAGCCAGGCUCUGUGCAAGGCAGAGCGUCUGCAGGCCCUCUCCUCCCCCUCAGGGCCCUACGACAAGAGCUACAGUCGUAAAAGACUUAGAGAACACUCACUGGAAAGGAUUGAUCCUUCCCCCAAGCUCUUCCUAGACUCAGGCAGUCCCUGUUCUACAAUGGCCAACAUGCACUCAUCCAUCCACAGCCCCCUGACACGCCAAUUGUCCACCUCUUCUGAGAACUCCACACCCCUUGGCCCCAACAGCCAGAGUGUACCAAACACACCUCAGCCAAUCAAGAGGCGGCGAGGUGAGAGUUCAUUUGACAUAAACAACAUAGUGAUUCCCAUGUCUGUGGCGGCCACUACCCGAGUGGAAAAGCUGCAAUAUAAAGAGAUUCUUACGCCCAGUUGGCGAGAAGUGGACAUUUUCUCCCAGCCUAUGGCUGAAGAGGAGAAUGAAAGAGAGUUGGAGGACCUGACAGACGCUGCCUUCAGCCAGCUCCACCAGCCUUGUGAAGACCAGGAGCGUUCCCGCUGGACCUGGAUGGCACUGGCGCCUGCUAAGAGGAGGGGCAGUAGGUCAUAUAAAUCUAUCGAUGGACGGACCACACCGUUGCUUUGCGGGACCAACCCCCCCACCCCGCAGCCUGCAUCCCCAGACCCCGGCCACUGCCCACUGCUCCAUGACUACAGCCAUGUGCCCUCCCCCAUGAGUCCCGCCAGCCCUGAUGCCACCUCCAACCCCCACACGCCCUGCUCCAGGGACUCCCACCGACUGCUGUCCAGUGAGGACACACGGUGCUCAACACCAGAUUUCUCUUUUGAAGAAAGGACGGUAGCACCAUGGGAGAGACGAAACUUCCCUAUGACAGAGGACCCAGCCCCAGAGCCUGAGGCAGAAAGCGACCAUCAAAUCAGGCCCAGAAUGCGCAGCAUCUCAGGUUGCCGGGCAACAGGUUAUGGCAGGCUGGAUUCUGAUGAGAUGGACUUGGCUUGUGAAGAUGAUGGCCACAAACACAAGGCUCCCACCCACCGAUGAAUGACUGACAGGCUGAGGUCCCCCACACCCUCCCUCUCCAGGCACACUCUGGCAUUAACAAGCAGAACCUCAAAGCAAAAUAAGAUAUUAAAGGGUUCCUGUUGUUUGAUAUUCAAACAUCAGUCUAAUACUUUUCACAGUUUUUAGUGAAUACUAUGGAGAUAGAAGCCUUUCCCUACACUUGUUUUGUCACAGGAAAAAAAAAAAGAAUAAAUGUAAAAAGUAUAAAACAUGUUACAAAAAUGAUUUCUGUAGUAGGCUAAAUAAUGUACAUGGGGGCUUAGUGGUGUUUCAUGUCGCGUGUACACCUGUAGCGCACUAUGUAGCGGACUCCUCAAAGUAUGGCCAAAGGGUGUUUUCUAUUGACUAGUUUGCUUGUAAUUCCCAUGUACAUUUUUAGUGGAGUGACAAAUAACAAAACAAGAAAAAAUUUAUUUUAAUUCCCUUUCCCAUACAAAUAAAACAGGUACAUUUGGGAUGUGGUCUCCUUCUCCCCCUAGAGGUUGUCUGAAAUCUCCAGAGCACUUCUCCAACUGCCAAGUUCAGUUUUGUUGGUUUGCUUUCACUGUUUCAUUCCUGACAUUUUUAUUUGUAUAUCUGUCUGUUUCAGCAAUGACACAAUAUUUGUGUUUAGAAGGUGAGUCAUUCCCUCAGAAUUUAUUUGAAGAGUAACCAGCUCUUCUCUUACCUUGCCGUUUCUCCCGGUUUUGUCAAAAGUGGGUGAUGGCCAGAGGGCAGGGGUGUCUUUAGAGCACUUGCCCUUCAGAAAGUGCUACACGCUAUAGCUAGUCAUGGCUCUAUAGUUCAGUCUCCCACAAAAUGAAAUACAGGUGAUUCCAGUGUCUGAGAAAUUCACUCGUUUCCCCUUCUCACACACAGUUAUUGAUGUACUAUGUUGGAAAAGUCAAAUUGAGGCAAAAAAUGGUGUUCACAACUAAGAUGUCAUCAUGGAACCAUACUAUAACUGCACAUACCUGAGAAUUACCAGUUGUUGAAAAUAAAGGACUUUUCUGGUUCGACUUGACAAUAAGCGUUCUUUUGCAACCACCUCAAAUGUAGCAGCUCUUGCUGAGCUAAGAAGCCACCCCAACCUCCGAACUUACAAUUUAAGGAACUAUGUUCUAAUAAUGAAAGAAAUGUCAGUGUUCAGAUUGAUUUGAUCUAUAGACUACUCCUGUUGGAAGUUUUUUUUGUUUGUUUUUUGCCACCCCACAAUGUCAUAACCACAUUAUUGCCCCCUUGAGUAACUAAUUGCUAUGCAAACUCUAUGGUUGUAUAAUUUUACACCUGUGUUUUUAUGCCGCAGUCAUUCAAUCACUGUUUUUUCUUUUGUAGUUGAGCAAGAUGUCAGUGUACCUGUUUGAUUGUUGCCGCAGUUAAUCUAAUCAAAAGCAGAUUUUUUUUUAUGUAAAUAGUACCAUUAAAAACAUUUAUGUUUA